CCAUUCCUACAACAUUGGGUGACGAGUCUCCUCCAUUUGUUCCGGUCUCUGGCGACCCUACUUGCUCCAUGCCAGCCGAUACCCAUCUCGCUUCGGUCUUCUUUGGCCUUCCCAAAACGUGAAGCAGCUGAUGGGUCGUCGGGAAGAAAUUCCCGACGUGAAGUUUGGGAGCUCCACUUUGGAGCAGGAGUACCCGCAGGCCCACCACAUUAAAGAAGAAGAGGAGGAGGCCGGUGUCAGCGGUUUGCCAGGGGAUGGCGUCUCCGAGGAGAGUGAUAACGACCCAGAUCAACCACCCGAGUGGUCACAGCUUCAUCCCGGCAGUCCGAGCGAAGACCGCUGCGGGAGCUCACCCCGGGAGAACCUCUUCGCUCUACUGUCAGGAGGCGAUGACACAGAAGACGCUUUGGGGAGCGCCGCAGAUUGUGAAGAGCUCCAGCGGAUGAUUGGCGGUCGGGAAGAACUCCCCUCUCGGCCGCUGUGGGGGCACUCCAGUUUGGAGCCGCCGCGUCUGCGGGGGCUCCCCCGUUUUGAAGAGAAAGAACGGGAGGCCGAUGUCAGCGAGUCGCCCCCGACCGGCGUCCGCGUGAAAAGCGAAGAGGGUGAAGACGAAGCACCCGAGUGGUCAGAGUACUGCGAAGGAUCGCCGCGAGACAACCUCUUGGCGCCAAUGUCAGACAACGACGACACCGACGGGCCUUUGCGGAGCGACGCCGACUGCGAAGGUGAGGACAAAGCGUCCCAAGGCUCUCCAAAAGACGGCCCCGCCGAGAAAAGGUCGCGCAAACGCAACAAGUGUCCCGCGCUUAAGGAGCAUUUCAGCUGCUCCGUUUGCGGGAAAAGUUUUACUUGCAAGUCACACUGGAUGAGACACGUGAAAACCCACACGGGAGAAAAAUCUUUUUGCUGCUCGGUUUGCGGAAAGACGUUUUCUCGGAAGGAACACGUGGAACUACACAUGAGGACGCACACGGGGGAAAAGCCCUUCCGAUGCUCAGUUUGCGGCGCCACCUUUUCGGUCAAACAAAGUAUGAAAAAACACAUGCGAAGGCACACCGGAGAGAAACCCUUCAGCUGCUCGUUUUGCAGAACCACCUUUUCUCGAAAGGAAAGCCUGGAUAAGCACAUGAGGGUACACACGGGAGAAAAGCCCUUCAGUUGCGCCGUUUGCGGCGGAAGCUUUGCUCAAAGGUCCAAUAUGACUCGGCACAUGCAGAUCCACAAGAAGGGAGAAUAAGUGUUCGCACGGUCGAGCGGAUCAGAUGAUGGAUGGAUGGCUGGCGUAAUGUCGCAGCAGCAGU